GGAGGCAGACUGUAGCCCAGGCAGUUACACGUUUUCCCCCAGGAGCCUGCGUUGUCACGGGCUUGGGGCUGGAGACAGGGUGAGCAUGGCGGGGCCAGCGUUGAUUCCCGGGCUCAACAAGUGGCUGGUGCUGGGCCUGCUGCUCCUUUCAGCAGGUGAGAUGGUGCUGGCGACCAAAACAGAGGACCUGCUCCGGGAUCCCAAAGGAAACACUUGUUCCUGGAUCUGGCAGCAACCACGGUUCGUGGCCAAGAAACGGGGCUCCACAGUGGAGAUCAGGUGCCUCCUGGAGGAGAAGGGCAACGUGACCUGGUUCUGGAAGCCAAAGCUGGACUCAGCAGCCCAGCCAGUUUCCCUGAGGGAUGGCCGCAUCCUCCAGACCCGUAACACCUCCGAGGCCGUUCUCACCAUCGUAGGCGUCCAGUUUCAGGACAAUGGCGUCUACUUCUGCGUGCAGCAGUGCACCAAAGGGGCCCUGAGGACAGAGCAUGGCUGUGGCACUGAGCUCCGGGUCAUGGGGUUCAGCACUUUGGCCCAGCUGAAGCGGCGGAACACACUGAAAGAUGGCAUCAUCAUGAUCCAGACCCUGCUUAUCAUUCUCUUCAUCAUCGUUCCCAUCUUCCUGCUGCUGGACAAGGAUGACAGCAAGGCCGGGAUGGAGGAAGAUCACACCUAUGAGGGCCUGGACAUUGACCAGACAGCCACUUACGAAGACAUAGUGACUCUGCGGACAGGGGAGGUGAAGUGGUCGGUGGGUGAGCACCCAGGCCAGGAGUGAGGGGCCGGCCCUCCCCACACUCCUGGGCACAGCCCGCUGGGCCCUCAAUGACUUCUUCAGAGCCGUCCCCCCCUUUUUCCCUGGACCCCCGUCAGCCUCCAAAGCUGGACAACCAGACCCACCUGCCCCUCCAGCCCUCUCUCACCGAAGGGACUGGCGCAGAAGGGCUGCAGGGCAGUGAUUAGGAGCAAGGGGGCCCUCGGGGGCUAGACUGGACCCCGCCUUCCGGGGGUGCUAUGUGAGGGGUCCAUGCCCUGUGAAGAUCAGGGAAAGCAGAGACUUGUCUGGAACCUGCAAGUGGACUCAGAGCAGCCCGGCUUCUCUGGAGAGCCGGGGCAGGGUCACGGCCCACCCCAAGUGGCCGCAGACAGGCCGCGAGAGCUUCUUCCCUCUCCCAUUCUCUCCUGCUCUCUCCCGCCCUUCCCCACCCCAGGGGGCUGCUGGCCUUGAGCACUUUCCCCCGUGGAAUAAACAGUGUGUCUUGAGAAACCACA